AUUUCGGUGGUUGUGGUGGAUGCAGUUGGGCGGCAGCAUCAUCAUUUGGAUGCCAGCCAUCCGCCGUCCAGUGGCAUCCAAUCGAAUCAGUUUAUCCAGCGCUCUGUCGUCGCGAGCACGUACCAGAAAAAUCCGAACGGAAUAAGUCGAGGCAGAGAUUUUCGAAAGCUACGGCAAAUAGUUUUUUUUCAAACUGGACCACAUUUUCGAGGAUUGUCAGCGACAGCAGUUUCACAAAAUGUCUCACGGCGAGCGAAAAGGCCGCCUCAAUGUGGUCAAGUUUUUAGAAUUGGGUUUUGCGGUAGCUUGUCUUGUGCUUCAUUUCUACAGCUUCAACGAUCGCGAUAUAAUGACAUCUUUCUUGGCCACAGGCACUUUUACUGGCUAUAUAAUUGUGGUCAUCGGGGUGUUUGCAGGUGUUCUAAUGCGGGCCCCGAUCCACAAGCGCAUUGACAUAUUCUUUAGUGUCCUCGGCUGCACUUUGUUCGUGGCCAGCGGUGUGUUCAUCAUCGAAGCCUGGGAGUUCUCGUUCAGGACCCGAACUCGGGAUCUCGCCCUCAUCAAGGCCUCGUUGUCCAUCGUCAAUGGGGUGCUGUUCGGAUUCGAUGCCGUCUUCACAUUUCGCGAUAAGUGAGCCCACCUUGGCCACCAGGAGACCACCACUGUGCCAAAUCUUCUCUCUUUCGGAGCUUCUUUCUUGUGCAUUUAAUAGUUGUAAGGAUAUAUAUUCCUCUUCCGGCUGAAAAUCAGAAUUCCAUCGACCAUACAAACACGCCAACUUUUAACGUUAAUCAUUAUACUUAAGUGUUCUUUUUUUUUUUUGUCACAAUAAAAAGUAAUUCGCCAUCA